AUGGACCAUCACAAGCCUUUGAAGCUCCGGGUGGCUAUCAUAGGAGGUGGAAUCGCCGGUCUUGCAGCCGCUGGAUUUCUUCGAAAAUACCCCCAGUAUAUCGUCACUGUCUACGAGCUCCGGGGUGAAGAUUGGCAGGAGUCCUCUGCAGCGCUCGGACUUCAAACCAAUGGCACAUCCAUUGUCGAACAACUAGGUAUUACUAGAAAGGAAGUUCGCGGAGACACGGGUAUCGGUCAUCGGACUUAUAAUAUUCAUGAGGAGCUGAUGAGCACAGGCCGAGUUUCCUUCCGCCCGGAUGGAGAGACCGGGUUUUGGUUUGUGCAUCGACAGGAUUUGAAAGAUUCCCUGUUGCGACGAGUGACUAGUGUGGAUGGGGACGGUGAACCAAUUCAUGUGGUCUAUGACAGUCAUAUUGUCGAAAUUAACCCUGAGCUUGGGAUUUUGAAGUUCGCCGAUGGCCCAUCUAUCGAGGCCGAUCUGAUAAUCGAUGUUCAACAAUCAAGUGUGAGGAGAAGUAACACACCCUCCUCCACGGGCGCCGAUGGUAUUCAUUCCAAGGUCCGCGAGUUCGUCAUUCCGGCCUCGCAUCCAGAGCCGGCUUUGUGUGGUCUCUGUGUAUACCGCUUCGUCGUACCCAUGGAUGUUCUCCGAGAUGGCGAUGGAAAACUGCCAGAUGUAUUGACUCUUGACGAAGGUAGCUUUGUGGUCAUCAUUGCUGCCGGUGACAAGGGCAAUCGAAACAUAGUAAUUUAUCCAUGUCGCGAGCUUGAGCUCAUGAACUUCGUCUGCGGUGUCCCAGAUACGAGCCCUCGGGUCUUGGCUCAGCUCAAAUCCACAGGCAGUCAUGAAAGCCUCCUCCAAGCCAGCCGUACCACCCUUAUCGAACCCUUUCCAAUACUUGACCAGGAGCCUCUACCCACAUACGUCAAGGGCCGUACCGUGCUGGUUGGUGAUGCUGCGCAUGCCAUGGCUCCAUACCAGGCACAGGCAACUAAUCAGGCCUUUGAAGAUGUGGAAGGUCUAAAUGUGGUACUUGUCGAUGCUUUUACUCGUCAUAGUAUCCCAGGUCUUCUAGAGACAUGGGAUAAUAUUCGUCGACCACAUGCCUCAAUAGUUCAGAGGGACUCUCGUGAUUCUCAAGCUAAGCUUUCGACAACGGAAUCGAGCGAUGCAUUCUUGGGAUUCAAACCGUACAUGCCUAUGAAUGAGAUACUUGGGCGUCUUUCCGUAUGA